AUGGCUGUCCAGUGUCAGCAUGAUGAUAUCAAGGUGCUUACAAAGUUCAAAUCCUCAGUUCGCCUCAUCUUCUCCACGUCUCGCUUCUUUUUACUUGUAAGUUGUACGACAGAUCUGAUACGGAGUAUAAUUGUGGGAACUAUAAACCCAAGCAGCCGCGCAGGGAAUUUCCCAAAUUUAAACCGACAGAUUAAGAUCGUUCCCGGAGAACCAGGAUUGGGUUCAUUGAUGAAUAAAGAGGCCAAGAGGGAGGGUUGCUCCCAGGCCAGUUGGUGGUCUGGUCGUGACCAGGUGUUUCGAUUAAUCGAACUACGGGACCCGACCAUUCCAAAUGUUGCAGUGACAACUGACAAGUCAGGAGACUGCGGGGUAAACCGUGCGGUUCGCCGCAAAUCUGCAAAGUAG